UGUUUCUCCCUGGAGUGAGGGAAAAGGACAAUUGACUCUAUAAUGAGUCUCUCUGGGGCAAGUGACAAAAAGACCACUGACUCUAAAAUGAGUCACUCUGGGGAGAAUGACCCACUCGUUGAUGCAGUGGGGGAAAUACAUCAGAAGAGACCAGACUCCCCUGUACCCAGCAGUCAUCAGGAGAGACCAGACUCCCCUGCACCCAGCAGUCAUCAGGAGAGACCAGACUCCCCUGCACCCAGCUGUCUGUCCAUGAAGAGUGAUUGGUCAAUCUUAGAGCCAAUAUCCUUCUCUAAUAAACAAGGGGUUCAUCAGGAGAGACCAGACUCCCCUAUACCCAGCAGUCAUCAGGAGAGACCAGACUCCCCUGUACCCAGCUGUCUGUCCAUGAAGAGUGAUUGGUCAAUGUUAGAGCCAAUAUCCUUCUCUAAUAAACAAUGCACUUUGCCAAGGUACAGAACGCAUUCACUUCCACCUAGCUGUCUGCCCGAGAAGAGAGGUCAGUCAGUGCUACAGGUCAGAGAGGAAGACCUAUUCCCUAAACAAAGUCUUAAAAGACUCAGAGAGGACAGACCAGAGACAGAGUCUCCUGCAAGUCUUCAAGACUUGGACUCCAUUUUCACGUACCUUGAAGAGACUGUGAUCACCUUUGUAAAGAAAGAGCUGAAAAGGUUCAAGAAGAUUUUGAAUCCUAAACUCCCAGAAAGUUCUGAGAAUCAGAAUGAGGAAAGCGAUUCCAGAGAGGGAGUCCUAAAGAUUACACUAUAUGCCCUGAGGAACAUGAACCAGAAGGAGCUCGCUGACACCCUGCAGAAACAUGAGCUUGCUAUAACGUGUCAACACAAACUCAAAUCCAACCUGAAGAACAAGUUCCAGUGUGUGUUUGAGGGAGUAGCUGGGCAAGAAAAACCAACACUCCUUAAUGAAAUUUUCACAGAGCUCUACAUCACAGAGGGUGGAAGUGGAGGAGUCAAUAAUGAACAUGAGGUGAGACAGGUUGAGAUGGCAUCAAAGAGAAAAACUUUAUGUGAAACAUCAAUCAAAUGCAAUGACAUCUUUAAGCCAUUACCGGAUCAGAAUAAACCCAUCAGAACUGUACUGACCAAGGGAAUUGCCGGUAUUGGAAAAACUGUCUCUGCACAGAAGUUCAUUCUGGACUGGGCUGAAGGAAAAGCAAAUCAGGAUCUUCAAUUCAUAUUUCCCCUUCCCUUUCGGGAGUUGAACUUGAUGAAAGAAGAAAAACUUACCUUGAUUCAAGUUGUUGAAAAAUAUUUUGAGGACAUGAAGGAACUGAGAAUCUCCAACUUUGAUGAAUUCAACAUUCUUUUUGUUUUCGAUGGCCUGGAUGAAUGCCGACCUCCCCUAGACUUCAACAACAACACAACAAGUUUGUUUGAUGUCACAGAACCAACCACAAUGGAUGUGCUGCUGACAAACCUCAUCAAGGGGAAUCUGCUUCCUUCUGCUCUCCUCUGGAUAACAUCUCGACCUGCCGCAGCCCAUCAGAUACCUGCUGAGUAUAUUGACCAGGUGACAGAGGUACGAGGAUUCAAUGACCCACAGAAGGAAGAGUACUUCAGGAAGAGAAUCUGUGAAGAGAACCUGGCCAGCAGAAUGAUCUCCCAUAUAAAGAAAUCAAGAAGCCUUCACAUAAUGUGUCACAUACCAGUUUUCUGUUGGAUUUCAGCCAUUGUUCUCGAAAAACUGUUGGUUGAAGCAAAUAGUGUGCAUAUGCCCAAAACUCUGACUCAAAUGUACAACCACUUUCUGGUAUUUCAGUUGAAAAUAUGGAGUCACAAGUAUCCAGGAGAACAUGGCAAAGAUCCACGCUGGGGUAAGAUCAUCAUGGCCCUGGGAAAACUGGCCUACCAACAGCUGUGUAAAGGCAACCUGAUCUUCUACGAGGAAGACCUGACAGAGAGUGGCAUUGAUGUCAGAGAUGUGGCAGUGUACUCAGGAAUGUGCACACAGAUCUUCAGAGAGGAGAAUGGGCUGAACCAGGGGAAGGUGUACUGCUUUGUGCAUCUCAGCAUCCAGGAGUUUCUGGCUGCUGUGUAUGUGCAUGUGACAUUCAUUAAAACCAAUGAGAACCACCUACUAGUCAAACAGAAAUCCUUUCCCAGGAUACUCACAUCCUCAUUAAAAAACCCUAAAUCAAUGAUCAACUUACACAAGAUUGCAGUAGAUCAGGCCCUGCAGAGUGAGAAUGGACACCUGGACCUGUUCCUCCGCUUCCUUCUGAGUUUUUCACUGGAGUCCAAUCAGACUGUCUUACAGUUUCUGCUCGGACAGACAGGAAGCAGCUCAAUCAAUAAUGAGAAAACAGUUGAGUACAUCAAGGAGAAGAUCAGAGAGAAUCCCUCUCCAGAGAGAUGCAUCAAUCUGUUCCACUGUCUGAAUGAACUAAAUGACCAUUCUCUAAUGGAGGAAAUCCAAAGCUACCUCAGAUCAGGACAUCUCUCAGAAACCAAACUAUCACCUGCCCAGUGUUCAGCUCUGGUGUUUGUGUUGUUGACAUCAGAAGAAGAGCUGGAUGAGUUUGACAUGAAAAAAUACUCAAGAUCAGAAGAGGGUCUUCUGAGGUUGCUGCCACUGGUCAAAGCCUCCAAGACAGCUCUGCUGAAUCAAUGUAAUCUUUCACCACAAUGCUGCGAUGUACUGGCCACAGCCCUCAAAUCCCACAACCUGAGAGAGCUGGACCUGAGUGACAACAACCUGCAGGAUUCAGGAGUGAAGCUGCUCUCUGCUGGACUAAAGAAUCCACAAUGUAAACUGGAGACGCUAAAACUGAGUGGAUGUAAUCUCACAGAGGCGUCCUGUGAAGAUUUGGCCUCAGCUCUCAGCUCAAACACGUCCCAUUUGAAAGAGCUGGACUUGAAUGAAAACGAUUUGCAGGAUUCAGGCGUUAAGCUGCUCUCUGCUGGACUGGAGACUUCACAAUGUAAACUGGAGACCCUGAAGCUGUCUGGCUGUCUGGUCACAGAGGAAGGCUGUGCUGCUCUAAGUUCAGCUCUGAGGUCAAACCCCUCCCAUCUGAAAGAACUGGACCUGAGUUACAAUCACCCAGGAGACAUAGGAGUAAAGCUGCUCUCUGCUGGACUGGAGAAUCCAGACUGGAAACUGAAGCAUGUCAGUCUGGACCAUGGUGGAGAGUUAAGGGUGAAAUCCGCACCAAGAAAAUAUGCAUGUGAUCUCACACUGGACCCAAACACAACCUUCAGAUUCCUCUCUCUGUCUGAGGGGAACAGGAAGGUGACAUGGGGAGAGGAGCAGAUGUACCCUAAUCACCCAGACAGAUUUCAAGACUGUCCCCAGGUGCUUUGUAGCGAGGGUCUGAUUGGACGCUGUUACUGGGAGGUGGAGAGGACUGGGAGAGGUGCUGGUAUAGCAAUCACAUAUAAAGGAAUCAAGAGGAGAGGACAAAGUGAUUACUGUUACCUUGGUUACAACAACAUAUCAUGGAGUCUGUGGUACUCUGAAAAGAGAUACUAUGCCUGGCACAAUAAUAUCAACACUAUCAUAGCUGACCCCUCCCCCUCCUCCUGGUCCAAUAGGGUAGGAGUAUAUCUGGACUGGCCCGCCGGCACUCUGUCCUUCUACAGUGUCUCCUCUGACAAACUGACCCACUUACACACAUUCCACUCUACAUUCACUGAGCCCCUUUACCCAGGGUUUAGGGUUUGGCCUGACUCCUCAGUUUAUCUGUGUCAGGUAGAAUAGUCUCCUGUGUCCUGGAGGAACACCUGAGUAUUUAUCCAAGUGACCAUCCUGUUUAAACACACCUGGAUGACUUUAUGGGAUAACAUUUACCUCAUCAUAACAUGAAUAUGUAAAAACCCAUAAUGACAUUGACCUUGUAAACUAAAAUCACCACACUGCU